CUGGUAAUAUUUACAUACAAUAAUUUUUUUAUUAUUAAGAAGCAUAUUUUGUACAUCUGAGAAAAAAUUAAAAUUUACCAAUUGAAUUUGGAUUUGAACAAAAUCUUUGCAAUAAUGAAUUUAAUUACAGCCAUCAAAUUGUACGUGGAAAAAAUGUGUAAUGAAUCGGGGCCGGGAAUGAAGACUAUAUUGCUGGACAAAGAGACGACAAGUAUAAUAUCAAUGGCUUUCAGCCAAUCGGACAUGCUUCAACGAGAGGUUUAUUUGUUUGAACGUCUUGAUUCGGGUCGUUCUAAUGAGCGCAUGAAAAAUCUUAAAUGCAUUGUAUUUAUAAGGCCUACUAAACAAAACAUACAGUUGUUAGCCGAUGAACUCCGCAGUCCCAAAUAUGGUGCAUAUUUUAUUUAUUUCAGUAACAUCAUUCCACGCACUGACAUUAAAUAUCUAGCAGAGUGCGAUGAAAGUGAAUCAGUACGCGAAGUGAAAGAAGUAUACGCAGACUAUUUAUGUGUAAAUCCAAAUUUGUUUUCACUCAACAUAAAUAGCAGUAUGCAUCGUCUAAAUUGGCUGCCGGACGCGCUUGGACGCACAGUGCAAGGCGUGUUAGCCGUAUUAUUAUCUCUUAAGCUCAAUCCGGUUAUACGAUAUCGCGCUGGUUCAGUCGUAUCGCAAACAUUGGCAAAGCAAAUAUAUGAGCAUAUUUGUAAAGAGUCAAGUCUUUUUGAUUUUUCACGCACCCAUGAGAAUGGCGCAGCACCACCAUUACUGCUUAUAUUGGAUCGUCGUGACGAUCCUGUUACGCCAUUGUUGCAUCAGUGGACAUAUCAAGCAAUGGUUCAUGAACUAUUAAAUAUACAUAACAACCGCGUUGAUCUCUCUAACAUACCGGGUAUACCAAAAGAUUAUAAAGAGCUCGUUUUAUCCGGUGAUCAGGAUGAGUUCUACGGCAAUAAUAUGUACGCAAAUUUUGGUGAAAUCGGUUCUACAAUCAAAAACUUAAUGGAGGAGUUCCAGCGUAAAGCUAAGGAUCAGAAAAAAGUUGAAAGUAUAGCUGAUAUGAAGAAUUUCAUUGAGACAUAUCCACAGUUCAAGAAAAUGUCUGGUACGGUACAAAAACAUCUCUGCAUAAUGGGUGAAUUGUCAGCACUUACCACUAAACGGAACCUUUUCGAAGUAUCCGAAUUGGAGCAAGAAGUUGCCUGUAAAGCGGAACAUUCGGCACAGUUACAGCGUAUACGAAAAAUUAUAGCCGAUGAACGCAUUUCGGUCGACGAUGCUAUAAAACUAGUGGCGCUUUAUGCAUUGCGUUAUGAGCGACAUGCCAAUUGUGAUACUUCUAGCUUAUUGCAAAUUAUUAAAACACGUGGUGGAAAAACAGCAAUCGUGCCUAGUUUAAUUGAAUAUGCUGGUACGCAUAUGAGGCAGGGAGAAAUAUUCAACUUGGUGCGCAUAUCCGAUGCCGUCAAACUGACCCGCAACUUAAUUAAGGGCUUAAAGGGCGUGGAGAACGUUUUUACGCAACAUACACCACUGCUCAAAGAAACGUUAGAGGAAGUUUUCAAGGGUCGGGAACUAGACCCUAUGUACCCCGCCAUCAACUCUGAGCUUGUGCCUUUCCGUCGUCCACCGCAAGAGGUGGUCGUAUUCAUUAUUGGCGGCGCAACAUAUGAAGAAGCACUUGCAGUACAUCAGCUUAAUAAUGCCGGUUACAAAGUGAUAUUGGGUGGCACCACUAUACACAAUUCAGAAAGUUUCAUAAAUGAGGUGUUGAACGCCACCGAUGGCAUUCAAUUUAAACACACAAAAACAAUGUUAAAAUACAUUUCAAGUGAUAACUAUUAAGUUGUGUUUUUGGUGUAUCCAAAAGGCUGUAUAUAGCUAAGUUCUAUGCAUGUACAUAUGUAUAUGCAUACGUAAACAUGUAUUUAUUAAUUCUAUAAUAUUCCUAUAUAUGUCAUAUACAAUUUAUGUAUGGCUUGUAAUAUUUUUAUUUAUUCGUAUUAUUUAUUGACCUACUGUAAGAUUGAUUGUUAAAAUUGGCUCCUCUAAAAAGUAAACACAAAUCACUAAUGAAUGUUGGAUUCUGUUAAAAGCUUUAGCCAUUCCAAUGAAAGAACAAUAUGGGGAUUUUGAAGUUGUAUAUAGUCGCAUUUAUUGAAUUUCUUUAUGGUUUAUUUUUGCUUAGCUUCAUAUUCUUAAACAAUCUUGCUGUAACGAAAAUAUGUGACUCUUAUAUUUUUAGCUUAUAUACCGUCAAUAACAAAUGUUUGCAAAAUAUGUAUUGUUAAAUUAUUUAAAUAAAUAUAACCGUUAUUUUUAGCUAUAGGA